UAUUUAAUGAAUUGAGCAAUAUGUACUUUGCAUGUAAUAUCAAUAUCAAAUUUUAUUUUCUACAUUAAUAUUUUGAUUAUAUGUACAACCAAAUUAUAUUUAAGAAACGUUACUUACCAUGACUAUUGAAAUAUUAAUUCAUUGCAUUCUUUUACUGUGAAUGAAAUUUUGAAAAGCCUUUUUAUAGUUUAAAGUUAAUUUACAAUCUGAUUUAUAAACAGAUAAAACUACAGAAUAAUAAUAAAUUAGAGGCUUCGGUCGAUGCCACUGUUAGUUUCCAGAUCUUGCUUUCUUAUAUGUUUAGAAAUGAUUUCAUAGUUCAUACGUAAGGGACACCGCGUUGUUCACGUGAAUAGUCUCGGGACGGCACAGGGGCAAGGGGGGGCUCUCGCUAGGGAUUUUGUUUAUGCUUUUGAUUGGUUAUGUGUAACCAUGUUGACGAAUAGCAAAGUAGUAUCGAAAACGAUAUGAGAACAGAUGAAAGUUGACCAACGCGACCUGCAUUCCUUUCAGGGCUUUUCUUGCGAACAACGCGAAUGAGGUGUACAUUUUAUAAGAUUAGGAAAAACUAAUCUUAUGCUGGAUUAAAUUUUUUGUUCGAGUCAUAUGUAUAUUACACAAUAUCAGUGCUGCACAAUAGAAGCUUAUCUUACCAGUGUCUCACAACCUUCCCGCAAUUCUCUUGUCUGCUGUGUCACAUAAGUAUAUAUAUGUGAGUCUUAAUGAGAUGCAUAUGCAGUUCAUCAGUUCUUAUACUUGUCGUAAAGAUGGCGCUAAUGUCGCUUGUAUUAGCGCCAUCUUAUAAAAGGGUGUAUUUCCGGAUCGCGCGCAAUGAAGAUUGUUUUAUAUUUCUAGUUCUUACAGAAUUCUAGUUAACGGUUACGCCGUAUAACCGUUUUAAACUUGUAUUUUAUUUUUCUUAAUUUAAGACACUCAUGCAGAGGAGGAUACCAGUGGGGAUAUAGAAGAUACUCUUAUCGACACGAACAAAAUGUUCUACACAUGUGGAAAAAGACCAGCCUCUCCAGGGAACACUCAACCAUCUAUGAAACAAGCAAAAUAUGAACAAAAUUUUAAUUCUUUAGAAGACGCUAGUUCAGAUAAGACUGUAGAUACAUAUUUGAGCAAUAAUAAUGCAUCUUUCAGUUGUGAAGAUAACACACAAGUCACAAGUAGAAACAGUAUCAGAAGCACACAGUAUUCUGAGAAUAAAAAGGAAACUAGUACGGAAAGAACCAGACUGAAUAAGUUGAAUAGUAGUGAUAAUACUAAUUUUAAUGUAAAAAGUGGUAGCUACUUUGAGAAGUUACAACUAAAGUACAAUAUAGACAAUUUUAAGUUAAAGGAAUUGAAGAUCGUAUUAAAAGAUGUAAAACAUGACAAAAAACAUAAAAUAAAUUUACCAUCUUCAGAAAAUGAUUUAUGGGAAGUAGAACAGAUUCUUGGAAAAAAACAACAAGGUGAUCAGUUAUUAUAUUUAAUUAAAUGGAAGAACUGGGGCAAUGAAUAUAAUACUUGGGAGCCAGAGUCAAAUUUAAUUAAUUGUUCAGAUAUGUUAGAGGAGUUUAAAAGAAAUAGAUUAAAAUUGCUCACUACAUUUCAAAAGAAAGCAAACUUCUACCCAACCAAACAGGACAUUGAAAAAUUUCUAAAAGAACUUGCAUAUAAGGGAAAAACAAUAACAUCUAUAUCAGUUAAUGAAGAUACAUUAUUUACUAGUAUGUCAAAUUUUUUAAGACAGAAAUACAUUAAAAAUACAAGAUACGAGUUUGUAAGAGAUGGUAUUCUGUGUAUGUUGAUUUCUGAUUUAAGAAGAGAACAGUUGAAAUCAUUACUACUUUGGGAAAAAGAGAUGAAUGUUGUUACUAAAGGUAAACCAUUGAUAAGGGUGGAAAAUAAAGUAGAUUUAGAAAAAGCACCACAAAACUUUUAUUACAUAGAUGAUUAUUUACCUGGUGCUGGAGUGAUAAUACCCGAUGAUCCACCCAUUGGUUGUGAAUGCAGAACUUGUAAUUCCAAAACAGAAUGUUGUUUUGGACAAUAUGGCGGAUACUGCCCUUAUACUAUCACGUGUAAAAUACGAGUUCAACCUGGUACACCAAUAUAUGAAUGCAACAAGAGAUGUACAUGUGAUAUGAGCUGUAUUAAUCGUGUAGUACAACGCGGAACAGAGAUGAAACUUUGUAUAUUUAGGACUGCUAACGGAAGAGGCUGGGGUGUGAAAACAUUAGAGUCAAUUAAAAAAGGGUCUUUUGUGACACAGUAUGUGGGUGAGGUGAUCACAAGUGAAGAAGCUGAGAAACGUGGCAAAGAAUAUGAUGCUGCUGGUAGAACAUAUCUAUUCGAUCUAGAUUAUAAUGAAACUGAAGGACAAUGUCCUUAUACUGUUGAUGCUGCAGUGUAUGGUAAUAUUUCGCAUUUUAUUAACCAUUCUUGUGACCCAAACUUGGCAGUCUAUGCUGUUUGGAUCGAUUGUCUUGAUCCGAAUCUCCCGAAACUUGCCUUGUUCGCGACCAGAGACAUUAAGAAGAACGAAGAGAUCACUUUUGAUUAUACAUGCCAGAUAUCUGGAAAUAGCGAAACUUUAAAGGAAGAUAUAUUGGUGAAAGACAAUGUAAAUACAGGCAUUACCGAAUCUCAAGACAAAUUUGAAAUACGACCGGAAACGCCAAUGUCAGACUCGUCGUACAGUAAAACUUUAUGCAAAUGCGGUGCUCGAAAUUGUAGACAAUAUCUGUUUUGAUAUUUUCUUUUUUAAAUUUAUUACACAGCAUUAGUAUUACAUAAAACUGUACACACAUUAAUUUCAGUUUCAAUGAUCCAAACUAUCUUGUUUAAGAAUUGCAAACGUUGUAAGAUUAGAUAAUCUACUCAUUUGUAAAACGAUUAUUCUCAAUCGUAUAAAAUAGUCCUUCAAGUGCCAACAUAACUAACGUUUCAUAAUCUGAACAGGACAGAAGGAGAACUGAAACUUAAAUAUGACAUCUCAUUUAAAAAAGAUUGAUUAAGCAGUAAGUAAACUUUAGAAACUGUUUUCAAAUUUCUAUUGAAAGAUUUAUCUAGAGAAUAAAACAUACUUAUGUGCAUAUCUUAUAACUUUUAUAUCUUCAAGUCUCUUUCGAUGAGAAUAAAGCUUCGGAUAAGCUGGUCAGAGGUAUUUAGAAGGUACGAUAUUUAAUGUGUAUAAUUUGAUAUGGAUUCUACAUGAGCACGAAUAUUUAUAGAAGCAAUUAUGACGUGAAAGAGGAAUGAUUGUGCUGUUGUGUUUCUGAAUGUUUCUGAUGAGUUUAGUGUAAAACUAAAUGUUCUUGACACCAUCAGAUGUUUACUCACUUUAAUUAAAAGUCAUCUACUUUUACAUUAAAUGAGCUUAAAUUAAGUAUGACUCUCUAUAACAGGGCUGGGCACUUCAUUGUCCAUACGGGCAUUUCUUCAUGUCACCGGGCGUAGCUAGACAUUGACUUGAAAACCACGCCUCUUCGGGCAAUGAUCUUAUAGUGAGGAAGAACAUAUUAUCCACACUCUCUACCGUGAACGUUACCCAAGGGCAACGACAGAUGCUUGUAUCUGGCACAGACAAGUUGCUUAAGCCUAUCCUAUGCAUUAUAAUAAUGUUCAAAUAAAGGAGAUUGAUGUUUUGCAUACAAAAAUAUUAUUAUAUAAUGACUAUUUAAUAUGGAAAUGUUUAUUUUUAUUAACCAAAUUGUAUGUUGCUAUCAGAGUACCAUAAAAAUUAGUUGUGCUUGCAGUGAGACACAUAAUUAAUUUAAUUUUUGUCUAACAGGUCUAUGAAAUUGUUUUAUCUGAGAAACAUUUUUCUUACUUUUAUUACCAGUAUAAUGUGCAUUUACACACAUCAGAAUUUGUAUAUUAUUUUUUUUUAAAUAUUUGCUCAAACUAUAAUGUCUCUUAAAACAUUUGAUUGAUUAUGUGAGUCACUCUACACUUAAUUAAAAAAUUAUAAAUUGUGAAUUCCUAAUUUUUUUUUUAUCAAGAAUUUGUGUUUUUAUGUAUGCUGUACAUUUCAUAGAAAAAUUUAUAGAAUACCUUUAGUUUAUUAUUGAUAUGUCUGUGAAGUUAUGUUGUUCUAUCCAAAGUAGAUUUGUUUAACUGUCUUGAUUCAUUUAGUUAUAAAAUAAAUUAUGUUUGUAAGACAUAGGAGGUAAAUAGUGAAUCAAAUGAAAUGACAAAGUACAACCUAGUGGUAUUGCCAUGUACAUUAAGAAGUUUCAACAAGUUAUACUCGUAAUAUAAAUAUUCUCAUUACGAAAUGGUAAUAUGUGUAUGUAUAUAAAAUUCUUAUUUAAUAAAAUAAGCUUUAUUCAAAUUAUAAUCUGAAAUUUUACUAAUCUACUUGUAAUUAAUUAAAAUUAGAUGAUU